GACCGGAUAUUUUUGGCCUCCCCGGCAGGCUCCCCCCUAUCUUCAACACCGCAGCCGCUCGCUCCCCUCUUCUCCUGGUCCUCGUGCGCGCGCGCGAGACAGAGAGAGGCGAGUGGCAAUGGCGAGCUCUGGCAGCUGCCACUCGCUCCUCUCUUCAGCCUCACCAAUCUCGCCUGCGCUCUUCUCGCGACACCGAGCGGCCGCCGUCGGUGGAGGAGCCAGCCGGGCGAGUAAAGUUCUUGGCAUGUGCUUUGCGCUCUCAGUGCAAUCGCAGGUCAGGUGUCUUGCUAGAGAUGAGGAUUCGAAGGGGUGCGCAAACGUUUCCAAGGCCGAGACUAAUGAAGAAAAAGAAACUACGCCUUCAUCAAGACGAAGAUGUCUGGUCUGUCUCGGCGCUGUUACCUUGAUCAGCGCGACAGGACCACCAAACGGACUCGCUGCGGAUGCGAUGAACAAGGCCGGGGUACAGAAAGCUGUUUGCAGGAACUGUAAUGGCAGUGGUGCUGUGAUAUGCGACAUGUGUGGUGGCACAGGGAAAUGGAAGGCCCUCAAUCGGAAGAGGGCGAAAGAUGUUUAUGAAUUCACCGAGUGCCCGAAUUGCUACGGCCGCGGAAAGUUGGUGUGCCCUGUCUGUCUCGGAACUGGCCUGCCAAACAACAAGGGGCUCCUGCGACGCCCAGAAGCCAAGCAGCUGCUCGACAAGAUGUAUAACGGCAAGAUACUGCCGAGGUCGUAGAGCACUCUUUACCACGCCCAGGAUUUUGUUGAGUCGUCGAGUAGGAAUGACGCUCGGAUCGAUGUAGCCCUAGUAGAGUGUAAAAUUGCUGUUAGCCGUUCAAGAAAGAUUUUUUACACAUACAUGUACUGACCCUUUUUUUUACCAAAAAGUCAAAGCAAGAUUGAUGUGGUCGUCCAA